UCACGUCUCUCUUCUCUUCUAGGUUUAGAAGAAAAAACAGUUCUUUCCAAAAAAGAAAAAAUGAAGCUGAGGAAAGAAAGAUGGCUCCAGAAGAUAGAAAGCGUGAAGCUGGCCAAGCAGAAGCAAAAAGCUGAAGCAAAGCGGAAGGCAACACCUGUGGUGGGAGACAUGCAGCCGUUGAUGGACGCCCUACCUGAGCUCUGUGACCUGUCCACAGGUGGCAGGGGCAGGAAGCCACCCAGGAGCCAUGGAAAAGCAAAGGCAGAACCAGCAGACUUCUGUCUGAUGAAACAAGCUCAGAAACACCGGCUCUUAGAGGAGGAAGUAGCUCGCUUUCAUGAGGUCAUCGCCAACCCCAGUUACAGAGCAAACCCCCUCAUGGCCAUCAAUGAGCAUCUCUCCAAGAGGCUGAGGCAGGAGGAAGAAGGUGGUUACUCCGUUUAG